UUGAGAGGUCCGGCUGAAGCACGUCAAAAUAAACAAGCGCCACACGAUCCCUCUGUCCGUGACAUACGUCUGGAAGUUGGACGAGCUGCGUGCGUCAUGUGCUGCGGCUGCAGAAGCGAGCAGCCGCGCGCUCCUGUUCACGCAAACGGAGAGGCGACGAUUUCGCGCGCGCUGCGAUUUAUUUAGUUUGCAGGCAAAGACUCCGGCCUGAAUUCCACUGAAACAGCAGGUCCCCUCCCUUUUAUAUAUAUAUGUGGGUUUUUUUUUUUCUUUCUAUGCGUGUCUCCUUCCAUUCAGCGAUCCAUCUAUCCGUCCGUCAGUCCGUCAGUCCUUCUCCUCCUCCCCUUGGGGCCGCUGGACGAAGAGAGAGGAGGCCGUGAGGAGCGCUCUGCCGUACUCCACCGAGAGAGAGAGAGAGAGAGAGAGAGAGAGAGAGAGAGAGAGAGAGAGAGAGAGAGAGAGAGAGAGAGAGAGGACGCUGUGCCAGGACAUUCGGGCUCAUCAGUGCGGACGGAGGUAGACUUUUUUUCGGGGCGGGGAUGGUGAGGGACUUUCUCGGCACUGCUGCACCUCGAACAGCCAGAGCAAGACCAUGAGAGGGUGUAAGACGGCGGAGAAGCGGCCGUCAUACCCUUGCCUUUGACGACGCCGUCCGUGUGUCCCCUUGCUCAGCCUCUGGAUGGUCGCGCAGGUGACGGAGGGAGGAUGAUGGUUUCGACGAGGGAGGAUGCGAUCAGAUUCGUUUGAGAAAGAAAGAAAGAAAGAAAAAAAUUGUUCCAUACCACAGCUCUCGACAACAAUGACACCGACGCUUCAGGGGAAAACGGUAUUUUUUCUCUCUCUCUCUCCUUUUUCUACUCGAGAUUGUUGAACUCUUGAAAUAAGAUGCGUUACCAAACAAAUGUCACCAUUUUCCCGGUCUCAAGGCUUGUCGGAGCGCUCUGGUGAAACAGCUGUGAGGUGGCGGGAGUCACAUUUAUUGCCACACACUGUGCCAAACAUUGCGGAUGUUUCGAAAAAAUAAAUAAAUAAUCGUAGCUUCUUUUUUUUUCUCUCUCUCUCUCUCCAAUGCCUUUUCAAGUCUUCGGAAACGCGACCGUUUCCAACAUGCCAAGUUGAACGCCGCUGACAGCCGUAGCUUAUACCACUGAUCAUUAUUUUUUCGGAUUUAUUUUUCGACAAUCCGAUCUAUCGUCCGAGGCCUGUGUGAUAUAAGAGGCGCGGAGGACUGUCAUUACAUGCUGUCAUGAGAGUGAAGACAUAAAUGCUCCAGAGAGGUGCAGGGGGGCUGUGGUGCGCUCCGAUGCAGGCAUGAGCCAUGGAGAACAUGAAACAUUCAUGUUGACUCGCCACGGUCUCCCCGUGAUUUCAUGUUGGGGGCGAAGCCUGCUUUGCACGGACAUCUCAACCGACUGAGACUGAGACACCCCACCGCACUACCUUACAGUGUAACCAGUCAGCCAACCGACCACACAUUUAAUUUCCUCACACCCACAAUUGGCCGCUGGCAGAGACGCGCGCAGAGAAGAGACGGUUACAUGGGCGUCCUCGUCUGCUGAGACCAGCGGAGAGCUGCUCGCCGGCUGCAGGCGCCCAGCACAAGCGCGCAAGACAACCCGUUGUGCAUAUGAGACGUUCUGAUCCGGAUGGGAUGUAAUGUUGUGUGGAUGCACAGCUGAGCAUUGGUCUCCUUCUCCGCUGCUGCUUCGUGAAGAUUGGCUUUCGGUGUCCAGAGAAUGGCGCGGUUCGGAGAUGAGGUGCCUUCCAGGUACGGCGGGGGGCCCGGCGGAGGGGGCCCGGGCGGCCGCGGUGGUAGCAGGCAAGGAGGACCCCACGGACACGGUCACGGCCACGGGCAUGGACACGGGCACGGGCACGGACACGGUGCACCCGGAGGGCCCGGGGCCCAGAGAAUGUACAAGCAGUCUAUGGCGCAGAGAGCCCGGACUAUGGCCCUCUAUAACCCCAUCCCCGUGCGCCAGAACUGCUUCACUGUCAACCGCUCGCUGUUCAUUUUCAGUGAGGAUAACUUCGUCAGAAAAUACGCCAAAAAGAUCACCGAAUGGCCUCCAUUUGAGUGGAUGAUUCUAGCUACCAUCAUUGCCAACUGCAUCGUCCUGGCUCUGGAACAACAUUUGCCUGACGGGGACAAGACGCCGCUGUCUGAGCGUCUGGAUGAUACGGAGCCGUACUUCAUCGGGAUCUUCUGUUUUGAGUCUGGAAUAAAGAUCCUGGCGCUUGGUUUCGCCUUCCACAAGAACUCGUACCUGAGGAAUGGUUGGAACGUCAUGGACUUCGUGGUGGUGCUCACAGGGAUCCUGUCCACUGUGGGUUCAGAUUUCGACUUGCGAACCCUCAGGGCCGUCAGAGUACUGAGGCCCCUCAAACUGGUGUCCGGCAUUCCCAGCUUACAGGUGGUGCUCAAAUCCAUCAUGAAGGCCAUGAUCCCUCUGCUGCAAAUUGGCCUGCUUCUGUUCUUCGCCAUCCUCAUGUUCGCCAUCAUUGGCCUGGAGUUCUACAUGGGCAAAUUCCACACGACCUGCUUCGACAAUCACACAGGUGAGAUGCGGGAAGAGAUUCCAUGUGGGACGGAGCCUCCGUCACGGCUGUGUCCAGACGGCACCAUGUGUCGACCGUACUGGCUGGGACCGAACUAUGGCAUCACCCAGUUCGACAACAUCCUGUUUGCUAUUCUCACCGUCUUCCAGUGUAUCACCAUGGAGGGCUGGACUGAACUGCUCUACUGGAGCAACGAUGCCUCAGGGAGUGCAUGGAACUGGAUGUACUUCAUCCCCCUCAUCAUCAUCGGCUCCUUCUUCAUGCUCAACCUGGUGCUGGGUGUGUUGUCGGGGGAGUUUGCCAAAGAGAGAGAGCGUGUGGAGAACCGGAGCGAGUUCCUGAAGCUCAGAAGACAGCAGCAGAUCGAGAGAGAGCUCAACGGUUAUCUGGAGUGGAUCUGCAAAGCUGAAGAGGUCAUCUUGGCCGACGAUGACAACGAAAACGAUUACGACGGCUCCCGUAGGAGAGCCACAAAGAACCAUAAGAGCAAAGCCGAGCUUCUAAACCCAGAGGAAGGGGAGGGGGAUCUGGCAGUAGGGUCACCAUUUGCCCGUGCCAGCUUGAAGAGCUCCAAGCUGGAAGGAUCGACUUUCAAGCGCCGGGAGCGACGGCUACGCUUCUUAAUCCGACACGUUGUUAAGUCCCAGGCCUUCUACUGGACCGUGCUGUGCCUGGUGGGCCUCAACACAAUGUGUGUGGCGGUAGUGCACUACGACCAGCCGGAGCCGCUCUCUGAUUUCCUGAAUUUUGCUGAAUUCAUCUUCCUGGGGAUAUUCUUGACGGAAAUGAUGGUGAAGAUGUACGGCCUGGGCAAGCAGGCUUACCUCAACUCCUCCUUCAACUGCUUCGACUGCAUUGUGAUAUGUGGCAGCAUAUUUGAAGUUCUGUGGUCCAUCAUCCAGCCGGGCACAUCGUUUGGCAUCAGCGUGCUGCGAGCUCUCAGGUUAUUGAGGAUCUUCAAAGUCACCAAGUACUGGGCAUCCCUGCGCAACCUCGUCGUGUCUCUGCUCAACUCCAUGAAGUCCAUCAUCAGCUUGCUCUUCCUGCUCUUCCUCUUCAUAGUUGUCUUCGCCCUGCUGGGCAUGCAGCUCUUCGGAGGACAGUUUAAUUUUGAAAAUGGCACUCCUCCGACCAACUUCGAUACCUUCCCCGCAGCAAUAAUGACAGUGUUCCAGAUCCUGACCGGCGAGGACUGGAACAUGGUGAUGUACGACGGCAUCAAAUCUCAGGGCGGAGUCAACAAGGGCAUGGCCUUCUCUGUCUUCUUCAUUGUGCUCACGCUUUUUGGCAACUACACACUGCUGAACGUGUUCUUGGCCAUCGCUGUGGACAAUUUGGCCAACGCGCAGGAACUGACCAAGGAUGAGCAGGAGGAAGAGGAGGCUGCCAGUCAGAAGAUUGCCCUCCAGAAAGCCAAGGAGGUGGCUGAAGUCAGCCCACUGUCUGCUGCCAACCUCUCCAUCGCAGCCAACAAAGUACACAGUGAGUGUCACAACGCUACCGACCCCUUUCUGGACUGUAAGGAGCAGCAGAAGAACCACAAAGGGAUCAAUAAGUCAGUGUGGGAACAACGGACCAAGGAGCUGAGGAGGCAGACCCUGGUGUCCAGCCGCGAGGCCCUCUAUAACGAGCUGGACCCUGACGACCGCUGGAAGGCAAGAACAGGGAGGGAGGAGCAAAACAAUGUGAACUUUGCACGUAACGUCCGUCCAGACAUGAAGACCCACCUGGAUCGACCCUUGGUGGUUGACCCGCACGAGAACCGAAACAACAACACCAACAAGACUACCGCAAACAAUUCAGACCUUUGCUAUAGCCAGCACCAUCUGGCUGAUGAGCUCCACAGACAAACGCGCCUGCACGAACCCGGUGGCCAGGUAGGAAGUGGUGGUGGCGGAGGAGGCUCGGGGCCGGUCAGGCCUCCAUUGGAGCGGGGCGAGUCCACCGAGAGCAGGCGGAGCCGCAAAGGAGAGCAUCACCACCACAGCUCACAUGUCCGAUUGGAUGCCACGGUCAUCCCUGGGCCAGGCUCGGAGGAGAGGCCGUCCAGGCGCCAUCAUCACACCCGGAGUGGCAGCCGAGGGGGAGGUCAGUCGGAGCACAGGAAGCCCAGGUCACAGCGCAAAUGUGCAGAAGAUGGCGAGGAUGGCGGAGGAGGGGCUGGAAAGACUGGGAGACACAAGAGCAAAGGGGUUGAUGGAGGUGGGGAAGGGGGAGAGCAGGAGGGAGCUGGUGAUGGCGGCGAGAGGAGGCCAAGAAGAAGUCGCCAUGGCAAUCAAAUGGAUGGUGAGGGGAAGAGGAUGUGCCAGCACAGAAGGAAGGAUUGCAGUGUCCCCAACCUCUCUACCACACGACCCAUCCAGAAGACCCUCUCCAGGCAGGACAGCCAGUACAGUGAGGACAUGGACAACCUCAUGAAUACUAAACUGGUCUCCGGCUCCACCAGCGAGGUCCACCCCAACCCAGUUGCCAACCACACUGCGGCCCCUGCCUACGGAUCAGCCCUGCAUCUAGCUAACAGCGGCACUCACGGCAGUUUGGUCACAUUAGAUAGCUAUGGGAGCAUUGCACAUCACCGUGCCAACAGUGUCAUCAGGCUGCCCCACCCUGACUACACAGCUGUAGACAUGCCGAUUUUUCCAUCCACUAAUGCCAUACUGCAGGUCAAUAAGAAUGCCAACACGGAGCCUCUGCCAGCUAAGGAGGAUAAGGACGAUGAUGAUGAUGAGAAGGGAGGCGAAGGAGGACCCAGGCCCAUGCCUCCCUUCAGCUCCAUGUUCAUCCUGUCCACCACCAACCCGUUUCGGCGGGCGUGUCACUACAUCUGCACUCUGCGUUAUUUCGAGAUGUGCAUCCUGCUGGUCAUCGCCAUGAGCAGUAUCGCCCUGGCCGCCGAAGACCCUGUCUGGCCUGAAUCCCCUCGCAACAAUGUUCUACGCUAUUUCGACUACGUGUUCACAGGAGUGUUCACAUUUGAGAUGCUGAUAAAGAUGGUGGAUCUAGGGUUGGUCUUGCACCAGGGCUCUUAUUUCCGGGACUUGUGGAACAUCCUUGACUUUAUAGUGGUUAGUGGUGCUCUGGUGGCCUUCGCCUUCACCGGCGGCGGGGGGAGCAGCAAGGGAAAAGACAUCAGCACUAUCAAGUCCCUGAGGGUGCUGAGGGUGUUACGACCCCUGAAAACUAUCAAACGUCUUCCCAAACUCAAGGCUGUGUUUGACUGCGUGGUGAACUCUCUGAAGAAUGUGCUUAACAUCCUCAUCGUCUACUUACUCUUCAUGUUCAUCUUCGCCGUGGUGGCUGUGCAGCUCUUCAAGGGGCGCUUCUUUUUCUGCACCGACGAGUCCAAAGAGUUUGAGCGCGAUUGCAGGGGCGAGUAUCUGGUGUAUGAACGUGAUAACGAGGUGAAGGCGCAGAAGCGGGAGUGGAAGAAGUACGAUUUCCACUACGACAACGUGGCUUGGGCCCUACUCACCCUCUUCACUGUGUCCACGGGAGAGGGGUGGCCGCAGGUGCUGAAGCAUUCAGUGGAUGCGACCUAUGAGAACCAGGGCCCGAGCCCGGGGUACCGGAUGGAGAUGUCCAUCUUUUACGUGGUGUACUUCGUGGUCUUCCCCUUCUUCUUCGUCAACAUCUUCGUGGCUCUCAUCAUCAUCACUUUCCAGGAACAAGGAGACAAGAUGAUGGAGGACUACAGUUUGGAAAAGAACGAGAGAGCCUGUAUAGACUUUGCCAUCAACGCCAGACCCCUGACACGACACAUGCCUCAGAACAAGCUGAGCUUCCAGUACCGAAUGUGGGAGUUCGUGGUGUCGCCGCCGUUUGAGUAUACCAUCAUGGCGAUGAUCGCGCUCAACACGGUUGUGCUGAUGAUGAAGUAUGACGGAGCUACUGAUACCUAUGAGGGUGUGUUAGCCAACCUGAACAUAGUGUUUACCUCCCUCUUCUCCAUGGAGUGUGUACUCAAGAUCAUCGCCUUUGGAGCACUGAAUUAUUUCAAAGAUGCCUGGAAUAUUUUUGACUGUGUGACAGUUCUGGGCAGCAUCACUGACAUCCUGGUCACCGAGCUCGGGAUGAACAAUUUCAUCAACCUGAGCUUCCUGAGGCUGUUCAGGGCGGCUCGUCUCAUCAAGCUGCUGAGGCAGGGAGAAACCAUCCGCAUCUUGCUGUGGACCUUCGUUCAGUCCUUCAAGGCGCUGCCUUAUGUCUGCCUCCUCAUUGCCAUGCUGUUCUUCAUCUACGCCAUCAUUGGGAUGCAGCUGUUUGGGAAUAUCGCCAUCGAGCAGGACGGAGACAGCGCCAUCAACGAGCACAACAACUUCAGGACCUUCAUACAGGCUCUCAUGCUCCUCUUCAGGAGUGCGACAGGCGAGGCGUGGCACGAGAUCAUGCUGGCGUGUCUGGGGGGUAAAGAGUGCGACCCCCAGUCAGGGAACACGGAUCCAGAGUGUGGCAGCCAGUUCGCCUACCUCUACUUCGUCUCCUUCAUCUUCUUCUGCUCAUUCUUGAUGCUGAAUCUGUUUGUGGCCGUCAUCAUGGACAACUUCGAGUACCUAACCAGAGAUUCGUCCAUACUGGGACCUCACCACCUGGAUGAGUAUGUCAGGAUAUGGGCCGAGUAUGAUCCCGCCGCAUGUGGCAGGAUCAGUUGCAGGGAAAUGUAUGACAUGCUGAGGCACAUGUGCCCUCCACUAGGCCUCGGGAAGAGGUGUCCAGCACGGGUGGCCUACAAGAGGCUGCUCCGCAUGGAUCUGCCCGUGGCCGAUGACAACACGGUCCACUUCAACUCCACCCUCAUGGCCCUGAUCCGCACGGCCCUGGACAUCAAGAUCGCCAAGGGUACGGAAGGCGGUGUCGACAAGCACCAGAUGGACGCCGAGCUGAGGAAGGAGAUGAUGGCGAUCUGGCCCAACCUCUCCCAGAAGACCCUGGAUUUGCUGGUGACGCCGCACAAGUCAGCGACAGACCUGACGGUGGGGAAAAUCUACGCUGCCAUGAUGAUCAUGGAGUACUACCGGCAGAGCAAGAUCAAGCGCUCGCAGGCUCUCCGUGAUGAGCAGAAUCGAACGCCAUUACUGUUUCAGCGCGUGGAGCCGCCUUCCCCCACCCAGGACGGGGGUCCGGGACUUAAAAACGCCCUCCCUCCACCUGAGAUGGCCGAGACUGUCAACAGCCUGCCGGUGGAGGGCGGGAUUCCGGAGAGCCACUCAUGGGUGACGGCUCGCGCUCAGGAGAUGUCGCAGAAGGUCGGCAGCUGGAGUCCCGAGGGACACCCUGAGGACGGCCUGGGAAGCAUGACCAACUCUCAGACGGUAGAGAUGAGAGAGAUGGGGCAGGAUGGUUACUCGGAUACUGAGCACUUUCCACCAAUGGAAGGCCAUGGCAGGGCCGCUUCCAUGCCCCGCCUCCCAGGCGACAACCAACAGCGGAGGAGAGGGAAACAACGUGGCAGUACCCUAAGUACCAUCAAUGACAGCAGUCCCAUGAAACGCUCUGCCUCGUCGCUAGGCCACAGCCGGUCUGGGCGCGGCCACAGAGACAAAGGAGGGCCAGACGACUACAAUAUGGAUCGGGUGAUACCUGAAGAAGGGAGGUCUUCCAGACAUGGGCACCGGCGAAAAGACCGGGGCCAUCGAGCAUCUGAGAGGUCCCUCUGUCGUUACACAGAGGCUGACACAGGCCUGGGCACAGACCUAAGCACAACCACCCAGUCAGGCGACCUCACAUCCAAAGACAAGGAUCGUGACAGAGAUCGCGGCCGGUCCAAAGACCGUAAGCACCACCACCAUCAUCACCACCACCACGGCUCCGUGGACAAGGAACGCUAUGUAGCAGAGCGAGGGGGGGAGUAUGGUCACAGGCACUCACGUGACAGGGAUCACGACCGGGAGAGAGAGAGAGAAAGAGACCGGCGCUGGUCAAGAUCGCCCAGCGAGGGUCGGGAAUGCUUGACACACAGACAGGGCAGUAGUUCGGUCAGCGGAAGUCCUGUCCCCUCAACCUCGGGGACCAGUACUCCACGUCGAGGCCGUCGACAGUUGCCUCAGACCCCCGCAACACCCCGGCCCCAUGUUACCUACUCCCCUGUAGUCCGUAAGGCCAUGCCCACACCACCUGGGGGGCCACAGGGCCGACCCCCAGCCCCAGCCCCCCGGCACUUUUCUCCUGAGCCUCCCCAAGGUCAGGGUCCUCCCCCUGCUGGCCUCCCAAUUGCCCACCAUGGCCCACCCCGCCAGGGUCAUCAUCCCCCGCCUCGUUGGGGAGACAUGGGUGGAGGAGGUGGCUCCAUGGAAGGGGAUGGAUGCUUCUACAACCAGGAGUACCACAACUAUGAGCCCCACCAUGAACCACCUGCCUAUGAGCAGAGUCCCAUGCCGGGUGGCAACCCCCACCCUCAUGCCCUGGUCAACCAUCCACUGCCACCUCCUCCACAACCACAGCCACAUAACCCACAUCCUCUGCCCCCACCCCAGCCACACCCUGUAAACAACCCCCACCCUCAUCCACCGCCCCACCAACAGCCCAGUCGCACCUCACCUAGGACUGCCCACCAUGCGCCUCCACCCACCACCGCCCUGACCGGGCCUAUACAGGGCCAGAUGCAGCCUGCUGCCCAGCGCCGCCUACCAAAUGGCUAUCGCUCUUCUUCACCUUCCACACAUCUCCAUGGACCCCCACAUACUGGGCCUCAAAAGGUACCCCCUCCAGCUGGGCAUCCUAGGGGUCCUCGCAAGGGCCUGCACGAACCCUACUGUGAGACGGAGGACGACGACUGGUGCUAGCCUCUGGGGAUGGGGGAGGGGCAUAAAGGAGGAAAAAGAAUUGAUAGAUGGACCAGAGAUGAAGAUAGGAAGCUCUGAACUAGAGCACUGACUGCCAAGGGAAACCACAAUUCUUUCUUUCUCGUCUGUUCAAUUUUUUCCUCUCCUUCACUGCUUGGCAUGUCCCAGAGACAGUCUGCUAGAUGACGGGACAGGUGUCAGGAGGAAGGGAUGAAACAAGAAUGCUGAGUCAGGAUCUGGAGAAACAAGUGGUGAGCGGGGAGAUAACAAACCACCUCCAUGUUCUGCUUGCAUUGUUGUUGCAUUCAUCUCUUGAUGCCAAAUAAGACCAACCUCAAACUGCAGUUUUUAAGGAUGCAAGCAGGAGGGGUAACGGACACUAGUCUUUGUGUGUCUUAAAUUAUGCCUCUGGCAAUGAGCUACAGCCACUUACAAGAUGUCAAGAGUUGCGACUCGACAAAAGACACUUUACAGUCAGAGACAAAAGAACGACCACUGUUUUUUUUUUUCUUUUGCUUCUCGAAGCUAACUUCAGUUAAGUUGGCUGCAAAAAGAAUCAAAUCCAACCCUCCCAGCCACCAGUUGAAUAUUGAUGAGUUUUAUCAUCUGUGUUUUUAAAUAAGAACAAAACUGACAAUGAGCCCUCCGCCUGUAUGAGGUGAGAUGGCUAAGUGGGUGGGAGAGUUGGGGAUUGUUGCACGGGGUUGACAAGUCCGUCAGUGGAAGUCUAAAGGACAGGAUAGGUGUGCUGGGGAUGUUCAUCCCAUAUCCCCGGAGAACACCGUCCUCCUAGAGAACAAACAGUUUAACCAACCUCAACACAAGACGUGCGAGAGAAGUAAAACAAAAAAAAGUGGAGCUGGGUUUCAGAAACAAAAAAAAAAAA